AUGGACGAUGAUGAACUGGUCCAAACCCUCGAGUCACUUAACCUGAAACCUACCAAUGUUGAGAAAGGUAGAUUCGGUGAAUCUUAUUUUACAGACAAAUCAACUGGAGAAAAAUAUAUAACUCCAACCAAAAGACCAGAUGGGACAUUUAGAAAGGAAAUUAAAAUAAGACCAGGCUAUGUUCCACCGGAGGAACGGCAACUUUAUGUUCCAUUACACAGAAGAACCCAAACUAAUCAAAAUUUGACAAGUGAAAAUAGUUUAAAUUUUAAUAAAUCUAAUGAAAAAUCGACUAAUAAAGAACUACCAAACAAAACAGAACCUAAGAAUGAAAAUAACUCAUCAAUUGGACGGCCUAAACAGCGAACUGUAACUUCUGGAUUGAAAAACAACUUAAAACUACCAAAACAAACCAAGCAUAAUAGUAACAAUAAGCCUCCACCUAAUAAUACUUCAAAACCAAAAUGUGAUAAAACGACUUCUGAAACAAAUAAAAAUAGUCGAAAAAACAAUAAUAAUGAAUCUUCUGAUAAGAGGAAUAUAAAAAAUGGCUAA